UUGUGGCCAUUUAUGCUCUUACUGCCGGACAAAGUUUUGUGCCAGAUGUGGAGGCCGUGUUUCCCUACGAUCAAACAAUGUUAUGUGGGUAUGCAACUUAUGCCGGAAGCAACAAGAGAUCCUAACUAAAUCUGGAGCAUGGUUUUUCGGAAGUGGUCCGCAACAGCCAUCCAGUCAGGAUGGAACACUGAGUGACACAGCUACUGGUGGUGGUUCAGAAUCACCUAGAGAAAAGAAAGCAAGGCUUCAGGAACGGUCACGAUCUCAAAUACCCCUAAGCACAGCAGCCACAACUUCACAAGAAAUAUCCUCUGGUGUGCAAGCAAACAGAAGGAAAGCCCCAGAAGUGUCACAACAAGCUAUGGGCCUGGAACAGAAACAAACUGCAUCAAGAUCUAGAAGUGAACCCCCAAGAGAGAGGAAGAAGAUAGCCACAGGUAUUGAACAAAAUGGAAAAGGAGGUGCAAAAGGUGAGCGCAAACGUGUGCCAAAGUCUUCACUACAGCAGAGUGAAGGACAAACAGAUGAGAAGGGAAGUAAAGAAAGGCGUGAUGGUAGAAGAUUAGAGAAAGGGAGGUCUCAAGACUACUCUGACUUCCCUCCCCAUUUCGAGGAAGGCAAGACAGUUAAUGAAGAAAAACAAAGGAAAGAAGAUGAAUAUACCCGAUACAGGAGUGAUCCAAACCUUGCAAGGUAUCCUGUGAAACCCCAUCCUGAGGAGCAGCAGAUGCGUAUGCAUGCAAGAGUUUCAAAAGUGCGGCAUGAAAGAAGACACAGUGAUGUUGCCUUGCCUCAUACUGAAGUUGAGGAACCUGAGGUGCCUGAGAAUAAACUUGGAAAGCAUUCACAGUUGCAAGGAACUCAGGAUAUAAAAUCUCAUGUGGAUGCCCAGCGGACAUAUUCAGUAGAAAGAACAGGUGAUGUCAGAAUUUCUGUUUCUAAACAAUUAAUUUCUCAUAGCCCACCAACACCCCGUCAUAGCAUGGUUCUUACGGAACAUUUAGAAUCCAAAAAUCAUGAUUCCUUUAAAACACAGACUCGCCUGGAUCCUAGCUCUGCUAUUCUCAGUCGAAAAGCAAAGCGAGAGAAAAUGGAAACCAUGCUCAGAAAUGAUUCCCUUAGUUCUGAUCAGUCAGAAUCAGUGCGGCCAUCUCCUCCAAAGCCUCAUAGAUCAAAGCGUGGUGGGAAGAAAAGGCAGAUGUCUGUCAGCAGCUCUGAGGAAGAAGGAGCAUCAACGCCAGAAUAUACCAGCUGUGAUGAUGUAGAAAUAGAAAGUGAAAGUGUCAGUGAAAAAGGUGAUUUGGAUUAUUACUGGUUGGAUCCUGCCACAUGGCACAGUAGAGAUACAUCCCCUAUUAGCUCGCAUCCUGUAACUUGGCAGCCAUCUAAAGAGGGAGAUCGGCUAAUUGGUCGUGUUAUUCUCAACAAGAGAACAACUAUGCCAAAAGAGUCAGGUGCAUUACUGGGACUCAAAGUUGUAGGAGGAAAAAUGACCGAUUUAGGACGACUUGGUGCCUUCAUUACCAAAGUAAAGAAAGGUAGCUUGGCUGAUGUGGUGGGACAUCUAAGAGCAGGUGAUGAAGUUCUAGAAUGGAAUGGUAAACCACUUCCUGGAGCUACAAAUGAAGAAGUUUACAACAUUAUUUUAGAAUCCAAAUCAGAACCUCAAGUUGAAAUUAUUGUUUCAAGGCCUAUUGGUGACAUUCCAAGGAUUCCUGAGACUUCUCAUCCUCCACUAGAGUCGAGUUCUAGCUCAUUUGAAUCUCAAAAAAUGGAACGGCCUUCAAUUUCUGUUAUUUCCCCUACUAGUCCUGGAGCUUUAAAAGAUGCCCCACAGGUCCUACCUGGGCAGCUUUCAGUUAAACUAUGGUACGAUAAGGUGGGGCAUCAGUUAAUAGUGAAUGUUCUUCAAGCAACAGAUCUGCCACCUAGACUAGAUGGACGACCAAGAAACCCAUAUGUGAAAAUGUACUUCCUUCCAGACAGAAGUGAUAAGAGUAAAAGGAGGACAAAAACAGUAAAGAAAAGCUUAGAACCCAAAUGGAACCAAACAUUUCUCUAUUCACACGUGCACCGUAAAGAUUUUAGAGAACGAAUGUUAGAAAUCACUGUUUGGGAUCAGCCAAGAGUGCAAGAAGAAGAAAGUGACUUCCUUGGAGAGAUUCUCAUAGAGUUGGAGACUGCACUUUUAGACGAUGAUCCACAUUGGUAUAAGCUGCAGACCCAUGAUGAAUCCUCACUACCUCUGCCUCAGCCAUCACCUUUCAUGCCAAGGAGACACGCCCAUGGUGGAGAAAAUUCCAGCAAAAAAUUACAAAGAUCUCAGCGAAUCAGUGAUAGUGACAUCUCAGAUAAUGAGGUUGAUGAUGGUAUUGGAGUAGUUCCUUCAGUAGGCUAUAGGUCUAGCACUAGAGAAAGUAAAUCUGCAACAUUAACUGUGCCAGAACAGCAAAGAACAACUCAUCAUCGUUCACGAUCUGUAUCUCCUCACCGUGGUGACGAUCAGGGCAGGACCCGUUCUCGUUUACCAAAUGUGCCAUUACAGAGGAGUUUAGAUGAAAUUCAUCAAAUGAGAAAAUCACGUUCUCCAACUAGACACCAUGAUGCCUCCCGAAGCCCAAUUGACCGCAGACCCAGAGAUAUGGAUAAUCAGUAUUUAUCGGAUCAAGAAGGUGAGCUUCUUAUGCUGCCCAGGGCAAAACGAGGAAGAAGUGCAGAGUGCCUACAUACUACCAGUGAACUGCAGCCCUCGCUUGACAGGGCUAGGAGUGCUAGUACUAACUGCUUGAAGCCUGAUACUAGUUUGCAUUCACCAGAACAAGAAAGAAGUAGAUGGUCCCCCUCACUAGAUAGGAGAAGACCCACUAGUCCCCGGAUUCAUAUCCAACAUGCAUCUCCGGAGAAUGACAGGCAUUCCAGAAAGGUGGAAAGAUAUAGCACCCAAAAACAAACUAGAAAAGGCUCUGCAUCAGAAACAGAAAGAAUGCGCCAACCGGGAAGUCCCAUGCAGUCAUCUCCAGCAGAUACACCCUUCAGCAGCCGUAGGGGGAGGCAGCUUCCACAAGUUCCCAUCAGGAGUGGCAGUAUAGAGCAAGAACAAGAGACUCAUAGUUCAUCAUCAAAAGCAAAUUUAGUAGUGGAGGAGCGAACAAGACAGAUGAAAAUGAAAAUGCACCGCUAUAAUCAGACAACAGGGUGUGGUUCUAGUCAAGAACUUGAACAUGAGCAAUAUACUAAGUAUAACAUACAAACCGAUCAGUACAGAAGUUGUGAUAAUAUCUCUGCCAAAUCAUCAGAUAGUGAUGUCAGCGAUGUGUCAGCUAUUUCCCGCACCAGCAGUGCCUCUCGCCUCAGCAGCACAAGCUUUAUGUCAGAGCAAUCCGAGCAUCCAAGGGGCAGAAUCAGUACGUUUACUCCUAAAAUGCAAGGCGGACGGAUGGGGACUUCAGGGAGAAUCAUCACAAAGAGCACAAGUGUGAGUGGAGAGGUGUAUAAACUGGAACAGAAUGAUGGGAGUCAAUCAGAUACUGCGGUUGGGACAGUUGGAACAGGUGGGAAGAAGAGAAGAUCAAGCCUUAGUGCCAAAGUGGUUGCCAUGGUAUCUCGCAGAAGCAGAAGCACAUCCCAGCUUAGCCAAACAGAGACAGGCAACAAGAAGCUAAAAAGCACGAUACAAAGAAGCACAGAGACAGGAAUGGCAGCAGAGAUGAGAAGUCGCAUGGUCCGUCAGCCAAGUCGGGAAUCAACUGAUGGUAGUAUCAACAGUUACAGCUCAGAAGGAAACCUAAUAUUUCCUGGAGUUCGACUGGGUGCCGAUAGUCAGUUCAGUGAUUUUCUAGAUGGGCUUGGACCGGCUCAGCUAGUAGGACGACAGACGUUAGCAACUCCUGCCAUGGGUGAUAUUCAGAUUGGAAUGGUGGAUAAGAAAGGGCAGUUAGAAGUGGAAGUCAUUAGAGCUCGAGGCCUAAUACAGAAGCCUGGCUCUAAAUCUACCCCAGCACCGUAUGUCAAAGUGUAUCUGCUGGAAAAUGGGGCAUGUGUAGCUAAGAAGAAAACAAGGAUUGCCAGGAAAACCCUUGAUCCUUUAUAUCAACAGACGCUGGUUUUCGAUGAAAGUUCACAUGGUAAAGUCCUUCAGGUGAUAGUAUGGGGAGAUUAUGGCCGAAUGGAUCACAAGUGUUUCAUGGGAGUUGCACAGAUCUUGCUAGAAGAACUUGAUUUGUCCAGUGUGGUAAUAGGCUGGUAUAAAUUAUUUCCACCUUCCUCCCUGGUGGAUCCAACGUUGACUCCUCUGACUCGCAGGGCUUCCCAGUCAUCUCUGGAAAGUUCAACUGGGCCUCCUUGUAUUCGAUCUUAAUGAACGUAAUAGCAGGAGUUCUCUAACAAACUCAAUAUCACUCAAGGCAAUCAGUGGGGAAGGGAAUAGCUAUUUACAACGGUGAAAAACAGUUUUGAAAAGAGACAAUCAUCACAUCAGUUCUGCCUGUAGUAGUUGAUCCAAAAAUAUGUCUGAGUUGUGUAUUAAAAAGACAGCUUAAAUUGAUUGGGCAAAGCAGUAUAUGAAAAUAUAGUCAAUCCAUCUAGCAGUGACCCUGAUGUUUAUCCUAAUCAGGAUUUGAAGAGGGACUUUUGAGAUUCAACUGGAACUAUCAUUCUCCAACAGUGCCCCUGUCCCAUUUUGUUUCUCAGCAGAAACCAUAAGCAGUGUUAACAUCCUGAUAUUUCUGUAUUGUUACUUCUUCUACUUCUUUUUUCUAUGUUCUCCUGCCAGUUUUGUAAAAAUCUUCUUGAUGCUAACAGAGACUCUUCCUUUCUUUUUCUAAAACAAAAUCAAAAAGGGCUGAAGUACAUCUCUGUAAGCAUCUCCAAAAGUGUUCAUUUGCGAUCCUGCAAUGCCAAUAGUUGUCCCAUCAUCCCUCCAUUCUGGUUGUCCACAAUCUUAAUAUGUGGAGAACUAGAACAAAUGGCCAACGUCUAGUUUACUUUUGCUUAUUACAGCUUGUCACAAUUUGUCAUUGUAAAAAGAGAAUAUAUUUGCAUUAUGCAUCAAGGUUGGUUUGUUUUUUUAAUCCUUUUAAGAGUUUGCAUGGAGGAAAUGUUCAGCUGCAUCUAUUGUUACAGACUUGUUUUUAAAAAACAAGCUUUGGUUUGGCUUUGGUUUUAGUUUUAAUAUACUGGCAAUUAUUUUUGUAAAGUGGUUAUUUUACCAGAGCUCAUAAGAAAAGUCAUUACAAUCAUAUCAUAAGCAUAUAAAUUACUUCUUAAAAAUUGACCAAGAAUUGGUUGAACAUCUGAAACUUUGAGCUGUAUCUAGGCUGCUUGAAUUCUUGUGUUACUUUUGAAAAGACUUAGCUGCCCCUGUUAGAGCAUGCUAUAAAUAGUUCAAUUUUCCACUGAA